UUGACCCGUGCCGAGUUGGUAUAGGGCCGAGUUGACCCUUUACCGUGUAUCACGUGAUACACACUUUCCCGGUAAAAUUGACAAGAGAUGUACCCAUAUAGUAUGGACCUGGAGAAAAAUUUCGCUCUGACAUGUGAUCAUUCAGUCGUUGAAUUACAGAGAUGGUUACAAUGUCGAGUAUUAAAAUUGUCCGGAAAUAAACCAGAUCUUAUGGACAGAUGCAAAGCCUGUCUUGAAGUUGAGGGCAAGAAUGGCAUUGUGGUUUCAAUUGAUGAGAGCAAAUGGUUUCAAAAAAAAGUCCAAGAGGUAUUAGCUAAUGUCCAAAACACAGACAACAGUUUCUGUUCUGCCAGUGACAGGCUGGAAAGACUUUCCUUCUACAAGUUUCCUAGAGGGAUAUUGCUGUGUUGAAUUUUGGGAAAAAAUACUUCCUAAAAUGAUUGCUUUCAAUAACAACAUCCUUUUACCAGAAUAUAUGGAAAUGAGGGUACCCCGUCGUCUUAUGCCAUGUGAACUGGCUUUCAUGUUAAAACUGAGAACAGAAAUUGUGUAAAUAGGUUGACAAUCUUUUAUUUAGUAUAUAAUAUUCACUUUUUGUAAGAUGUGCAUAAUAUAUACAUAU